AUAGCACGUUUGGAUACAGUAUCUUGUCCGUACGAAAGCAGUCAAAUUUCUCAUCUGGUCUGGCUGUCCAAACACCGCCUAAGAUGGCAGAUAGUUAUGCCACUCUCGAACAACGAUCGGAAAAAAUGUCUCCGGCUAACCUUAAGGACAGUAUGGAAGAGCUUCUGAGGUUUACUCUGGAGUCUCAUAUAAACGAAACCCUACAAUUCGAUCUACAGCUCUCCAAGGCAUUCUGCUACAACCUCCUCAAAGACGACCCCACCGACACCAACUCUUCCCCGAUCGAUUCUUCUCUAGGAGUCCCAUCAUAUCCUUUAUACAAGCAACUAGCAUCGUCAUUAUUAGAAUCAAUAGAUUCUAAAACCUUGUGUAGUUCACACUGCAAUUUUAUGUUGAUCCCCGAAGGAAGCUCCUUUAAGCAGAAAGAAGCUGAAUGGCAGAAGCUGGUUUUCCAUAAGGGAUCUGAACUAGUGAAUCUUAUGAAGACUGCAGUCCAUGAACUUCAUGUUCAGGAGCCUUUCUUUUCACAGCUAAAAGAUGGCCGGAAAACAAUUGAAGGAAGGUGUGCUGUUGGUGACUACAAUAGGAUUGCAUCAGGAUCUUUGAUCCUUUUUAACAAAUGUGUGAUUUUUGAAGUCCAGGAUGUACAUCGGUAUGCUUCAUUCUCCAAUAUGUUGGGCGCGGAGAGUCUUGCAAAAGUUCUUCCUGGAGUUGCAACCAUUGAAGAAGGUGUACAAAUCUACAGGAAAUUUUACACUGAAGAGAUGGAAAGGUCAAAUGGUGUUCUUGCAAUCUAUGUUUCAAAAGUGGAUACUCAGCCAUACAUUUUGUUGGCAACCCUACUUUCUGAAUUGAGUUAUGGGGGUGUUCAAGGCCUUCUAGGUCUGACACAUACCACAGGGACAGUUCCAGAUGCACUUCCCCCACCAAGAUCAACUCUUCUAUCAUCAUUUAUGCUGCCAUGUAAGCCAAAUGUAAAAGGUUGUACCUUGACUCAUGGAGCUAGGGCUUUGGCAAAGCAUGCUAAUAGGAGUAGUAGUAAAUACUGGGGUACUUUGAAAGGAAAUGAUUCUGACAAAAAUAAGCUUGCAAUGGAUGUCAUACGUCACUUAAUAGCACAUUGUGGCUGGUUGAAUGUGCAUAUUGUCCCACCUCAUGGUGUUGUCUUUGAAAUAAGAGUCGCUGGUGGAUAUGGUGCAAGGUGGUCUAAAGAUGGAAGUGAGGUAUCUGUUUGACAUCAAAUGCAUAUACUCUACUGGUUUUGAAUUAUUUGUAUUUGGCCCAAAGGAUUUGUUCCUUGCGCGAGGAUGCAUGCGUUUUUUCUGCUCUCUUUGAAUUAGAUACAUAGGAUGUAUAGUCAUAUAUUUUUUCUUUUAUCAAUUCUCAUUUAUUUGGCGUACUAUCCAGAGAGAAUAUGUCAAUAACUACUUUUAAUGUACUUGUAAGAUACUGUUAAUGAGACAGGUGGAGCUUAAGCAUAUGAUAUGUUCUUUGGUAAAACAAUAAAGAAAGGCUACUAUUGCUUCUCA